CUUACCGCAUUUCCGUCAACGAGGAGAGUCACAGAGAUGUCCACAUUACGUAUAGACUGUCACAGUGCCACUACGCCAGGCAACCCGUCAGUGACAAGCUACACAUGGACAUAUAAAGGUUCUAGCUUCAGUAAGGAGGCUGUGUUGACUGUGUACAAUAUCAGCAGGAGUCAGAAGGGGGAAUAUGUAUGCACAGCUAGUAACACUCUGACCCCAAGUGGAGACUCUCAACGGCAGGGUGCAGCCGACAGACAUAUCAAUGUUGAAGUCGAGUUUCCCCCUUCAAUAUCCGGACUCCCGUCUACUCACUGGGUGGUGGAAGAAUCACAACUGUGGAUCAACUGUAGCAAGUACACCUCACCCGGCAACCCGGCAACAACCAACUACACAUGGAUCUAUGGACAGUCAGUGUUCAGUAAUGAGGAAGUUCUCCAAGUAGACAGCAUCAACAGGACCAAGGCUGGACAGUACACCUGCACUGUCAGCAAUGUUGUUGGGUCGGAGUCAGCUUCCGUCAGUGUUGAUGUACAAUAUGCACCUUCUCUAUCUGGCUUCCCGUCUUCCUACCAAGUAGUUGAAGACAGUGAUCUCUGGAUCAACUGUAGGAACUAUACUUCACCCGGCAAGCCUAGUAGAAGUAACUACACAUGGAGCUAUGAGGGAUCUGUGUUCAAUGCCGUGGCUGUUCUUCAAGACCGUGGCAUCAACAGAACUGCAGGAGGCCUAUACACAUGCACAGUUAACAACGAAGUCGGUUCAGAUUCAGCCACAGUCAAUGUAAUUGUACAGUAUGCUCCUUCUUUGUCUGACUUCCCAUCGUCUUACGGAGUGAUAGAGACAUCCAGAGUGUGGGUAGACUGUAGCAGCUACAUCGUCCAAGGACACCCUCCGACAACAAACUACACUUGGACAUUGGACAGUUCUGUCAUCAGCACCAGUUCUGUGUUGGAAAUACACAACACUAGAAGGAAUCAAGAAGGGCAGUACACCUGUACAGCUUAUAACACUCUCACACCAAGUGAAGGACCUCAACAGUUAGGCUCAGCUACAGGACAGGUUUUACUGGACAUACAGUACCCACCAACUAUCUCUGGGUUACCAUCAGUGAUGAACGUCACGGAGUUCUCUUCAUUCAGUGUGGACUGCAGCAAUGUAACUACCCCGGGAAACCCAGGAGGCACAAACUACACUUGGACACACAAUGGUUACACUGUCAGUGCAGAGCCACAGCUUGUACUAGAGAGCAUGAGUAGGAACCAGAGUGGACUGUACACCUGCACAGCCAGCAACAUGCUCAGACCAAGUGGAGGCAGGCUACAACUGGGGACAGCAAGCGAACCUGUUAGUGUGGAUGUGCAGUAUGGUCCCAGGGAUAGUGUUACUAUUACACCAUCAGGAUCACUGAGUAUGGUUGAGGGAACUGGUGCUUUAACUGCCACCUGCACUGCCGAGUGUAACCCAAGCUGCACUGUAACAUGGAGGAAAGACAACAUCCCCUUGGCAGGCCAGAUGAGUCUCAGCAAUGUGUCCAGAACAGACCAGGGGGACUACACCUGUCAGGCACAAAACGGCAUUGGUGACUCUCAGGAAAAAAACAUCAGACUCACUGUGUACACUCCACCCUCUGUACCCACAGACUUCCAGGUGGCUGCUGUGACUGAUACAUCUGUGUCUCUACAGUGGACCUCCAGCUUCGAUGGUGGUGCUGACCAGACGUUCACUCUCCUGUACAAAUCGGAAUUGGAGUCUCAUUGGUUGACAUGGAACGACAACAUAGCCGAUCCAGGAAUUAGUCAUUACGUCAGUGUGCACAUCCAAGGACUGACACCUGCCGUGACGUACCACUUCCAGUUGUAUGCUACUAAUGUCUAUGGUGAAGGGGAGAUAACAGUGUUAAAUACAACAACCACACUAUCCAAAGCAUCAGUCAUGAGCAAACAUGGAAUUACAAUCGGCCUUGCAGCUGGACUCGGUAUCCUGGUUGUGGUUGCCCUCGUCACCGUCUCAGUGGUUCUUUGUCGGAGACAGACCCAGCACACUUUGGUUGUAGGUGGAGAGGAACCUACAAACCUACCUAUGAAUUCGUUCAUGCCUCGGCCCAGUCCAUUCGAGCAUGAUUCUGUUGACGUGAACACCAAGAGCUGCGAUGUCACCAAACAGAGCUGUGAGGAUUAGUGUCCAUUGAUGGAUUCUUCCUGGUUAUUUACAAUCAAUAUCAGCUGAAGACAGAUGCCUGCUUUGCCAUCUAUUCUGAAUAACUAGUUUAAAUCCCAUGUACUUUACUGCUUUGUCUUUGGUGUAUUUUCUGUACGUUGUUGAUAUUUUAAGAUUGUGUUAAGGGCUCUCAUGCUGGUGAUGAUGUGUAUUGUUUACUGAAAGUAUAUAACGUGAUGGAGGGUGCUUUAUGAUAUAUUGUAGUAUAAGGGGUAACUUGUGUCAUGAUACGUGUACGGGCAGUGUAUGAAGUAUAUAACGUGAUGGAGGGUGCUGUAUAAUAUAUUGUAGUAUAAGGGGUAACUUGUGUCAUGAUACGUGUACGGGCAGUGUAUGGAGUAUAUCAAGUGAUGGAAGGUGCUGUAUUAUAUAUUGUAGUAUCAGGGUAACUUGUGUCAUGAUACGCGUACGGGCAGUGUAUGGAGUAUAUCAAGUGAUGGAAGGUGCUGUAUAAUAUAUUGUAGUAUAAGGGGUAACUUGUGUCAUGAUACGCGUACGGACAGUGUAUGGAGUAUAUAACGUGAUGGAAGGUGCUUUAUGAUAUAUUGUAGUAUAAGGGGUAACUUGUGUCAUGAUACGCGUACGGACAGUGUAUGGAGUAUAUAACGUGAUGGAAGGUGCUUUAUGAUAUAUUGUAGUAUAAGGGGUAACUUGUGUCAUGAUACGCGUACGGACAGUGUAUGGAGUAUAUAACGUGAUGGAAGGUGCUUUAUGAUAUAUUGUAGUAUAAGGGGUAACUUGUGUCAUGAUACGCGUACGGGCAGUGUAUGGAGUAUAUAACGUGAUGGAGGGUGCUUUAUGAUAUAUUGUAGUAUAAGGGGUAACUUGUGUCAUGAUACGCGUACGGACAGUGUAUGGAGUAUAUAACGUGAUGGAAGGUGCUUUAUGAUAUAUUGUAGUAUAAGGGGUAACUUGUGUCAUGAUACGCGUACGGACAGUGUAUGGAGUAUAUAACGUGAUGGAAGGUGCUUUAUGAUAUAUUGUAGUAUAAGGGGUAACUUGUGUCAUGAUACGCGUACGGACAGUGUAUGGAGUAUAUAACGUGAUGGAAGGUGCUUUAUGAUAUAUUGUAGUAUAAGGGGUAACUUGUGUCAUGAUACGCGUACGGACAGUGUAUGGAGUAUAUAACGUGAUGGAAGGUGCUUUAUGAUAUAUUGUAGUAUAAGGGGUAACUUGUGUCAUGAUACGCGUACGGACAGUGUAUGGAGUAUAUAACGUGAUGGAAGGUGCUUUAUGAUAUAUUGUAGUAUAAGGGGUAACUUGUGUCAUGAUACGCGUACGGACAGUGUAUGGAGUAUAUCAAGUGAUGGAAGGUGCUGUAUUAUAUAUUGUAGUAUCAGGGUAACUUGUGUCAUGAUACGCGUACGGGCAGUGUAUGGAGUAUAUCAAGUGAUGGAAGGUGCUGUAUGAUAUAUUGUAGUAUAAGGGGUAACUUGUGUCAUGAUACGCGUACGGACAGUGUAUGGAGUAUAUAACGUGAUGGAAGGUGCUUUAUGAUAUAUUGUAGUAUAAGGGGUAACUUGUGUCAUGAUACGCGUACGGACAGUGUAUGGAGUAUAUAACGUGAUGGAAGGUGCUUUAUGAUAUAUUGUAGUAUAAGGGGUAACUUGUGUCAUGAUACGCGUACGGACAGUGUAUGGAGUAUAUAACGUGAUGGAAGGUGCUUUAUGAUAUAUUGUAGUAUAAGGGGUAACUUGUGUCAUGAUACGCGUACGGACAGUGUAUGGAGUAUAUAACGUGAUGGAAGGUGCUUUAUGAUAUAUUGUAGUAUAAGGGGUAACUUGUGUCAUGAUACGCGUACGGACAGUGUAUGGAGUAUAUAACGUGAUGGAAGGUGCUUUAUGAUAUAUUGUAGUAUAAGGGGUAACUUGUGUCAUGAUACGCGUACGGACAGUGUAUGGAGUAUAUAACGUGAUGGAGGGUGCUUUAUGAUAUAUUGUAGUAUAAGGGGUAACUUGUGUCAUGAUACGCGUACGGACAGUGUAUGGAGUAUAUAACGUGAUGGAAGGUGCUUUAUGAUAUAUUGUAGUAUAAGGGGUAACUUGUGUCAUGAUACGCGUACGGACAGUGUAUGGAGUAUAUAACGUGAUGGAAGGUGCUUUAUGAUAUAUUGUAGUAUAAGGGGUAACUUGUGUCAUGAUACGCGUACGGACAGUGUAUGGAGUAUAUAACGUGAUGGAGGGUGCUUUAUGAUAUAUUGUAGUAUAAGGGGUAACUUGUGUCAUGAUACGCGUACGGACAGUGUAUGGAGUAUAUAACGUGAUGGAAGGUGCUUUAUGAUAUAUUGUAGUAUAAGGGGUAACUUGUGUCAUGAUACGCGUACGGACAGUGUAUGGAGUAUAUAACGUGAUGGAAGGUGCUUUAUGAUAUAUUGUAGUAUAAGGGGUAACUUGUGUCAUGAUACGCGUACGGGCAGUGUAUGGAGUAUAUAACGUGAUGGAGGGUGCUUUAUGAUAUAUUGUAGUAUAAGGGGUAACUUGUGUCAUGAUACGCGUACGGACAGUGUAUGGAGUAUAUAACGUGAUGGAAGGUGCUUUAUGAUAUAUUGUAGUAUAAGGGGUAACUUGUGUCAUGAUACGCGUACGGACAGUGUAUGGAGUAUAUAACGUGAUGGAAGGUGCUUUAUGAUAUAUUGUAGUAUAAGGGGUAACUUGUGUCAUGAUACGCGUACGGGCAGUGUAUGGAGUAUAUAACGUGAUGGAGGGUGCUUUAUGAUAUAUUGUAGUAUAAGGGGUAACUUGUGUCAUGAUACGUGUACGGGCAGUGUAUGGAGUAUAUCAAGUGAUGGAAGGUGCUGUAUUAUAUAUUGUAGUAUCAGGGUAACUUGUGUCAUGAUACGCGUACGGGCAGUGUAUGGAGUAUAUCAAGUGAUGGAAGGUGCUGUAUGAUAUAUUGUAGUAUAAGGGGUAACUUGUGUCAUGAUACGCGUACGGACAGUGUAUGGAGUAUAUAACGUGAUGGAAGGUGCUUUAUGAUAUAUUGUAGUAUAAGGGGUAACUUGUGUCAUGAUACGCGUACGGACAGUGUAUGGAGUAUAUAACGUGAUGGAAGGUGCUUUAUGAUAUAUUGUAGUAUAAGGGGUAACUUGUGUCAUGAUACGCGUACGGACAGUGUAUGGAGUAUAUAACGUGAUGGAAGGUGCUUUAUGAUAUAUUGUAGUAUAAGGGGUAACUUGUGUCAUGAUACGCGUACGGACAGUGUAUGGAGUAUAUAACGUGAUGGAAGGUGCUUUAUGAUAUAUUGUAGUAUAAGGGGUAACUUGUGUCAUGAUACGCGUACGGACAGUGUAUGGAGUAUAUAACGUGAUGGAAGGUGCUUUAUGAUAUAUUGUAGUAUAAGGGGUAACUUGUGUCAUGAUACGCGUACGGACAGUGUAUGGAGUAUAUAACGUGAUGGAAGGUGCUUUAUGAUAUAUUGUAGUAUAAGGGGUAACUUGUGUCAUGAUACGCGUACGGACAGUGUAUGGAGUAUAUAACGUGAUGGAGGGUGCUUUAUGAUAUAUUGUAGUAUAAGGGGUAACUUGUGUCAUGAUACGCGUACGGACAGUGUAUGGAGUAUAUAACGUGAUGGAAGGUGCUUUAUGAUAUAUUGUAGUAUAAGGGGUAACUUGUGUCAUGAUACGCGUACGGACAGUGUAUGGAGUAUAUAACGUGAUGGAAGGUGCUUUAUGAUAUAUUGUAGUAUAAGGGGUAACUUGUGUCAUGAUACGCGUACGGACAGUGUAUGGAGUAUAUAACGUGAUGGAGGGUGCUUUAUGAUAUAUUGUAGUAUAAGGGGUAACUUGUGUCAUGAUACGCGUACGGACAGUGUAUGGAGUAUAUAACGUGAUGGAAGGUGCUUUAUGAUAUAUUGUAGUAUAAGGGGUAACUUGUGUCAUGAUACGCGUACGGACAGUGUAUGGAGUAUAUAACGUGAUGGAAGGUGCUUUAUGAUAUAUUGUAGUAUAAGGGGUAACUUGUGUCAUGAUACGCGUACGGGCAGUGUAUGGAGUAUAUAACGUGAUGGAGGGUGCUUUAUGAUAUAUUGUAGUAUAAGGGGUAACUUGUGUCAUGAUACGCGUACGGACAGUGUAUGGAGUAUAUAACGUGAUGGAAGGUGCUUUAUGAUAUAUUGUAGUAUAAGGGGUAACUUGUGUCAUGAUACGCGUACGGACAGUGUAUGGAGUAUAUAACGUGAUGGAAGGUGCUUUAUGAUAUAUUGUAGUAUAAGGGGUAACUUGUGUCAUGAUACGCGUACGGACAGUGUAUGGAGUAUAUAACGUGAUGGAAGGUGCUUUAUGAUAUAUUGUAGUAUAAGGGGUAACUUGUGUCAUGAUACGCGUACGGACAGUGUAUGGAGUAUAUAACGUGAUGGAAGGUGCUUUAUGAUAUAUUGUAGUAUAAGGGGUAACUUGUGUCAUGAUACGCGUACGGGCAGUGUAUGGAGUAUAUAACGUGAUGGAGGGUGCUUUAUGAUAUAUUGUAGUAUAAGGGGUAACUUGUGUCAUGAUACGCGUACGGACAGUGUAUGGAGUAUAUAACGUGAUGGAAGGUGCUUUAUGAUAUAUUGUAGUAUAAGGGGUAACUUGUGUCAUGAUACGCGUACGGACAGUGUAUGGAGUAUAUAACGUGAUGGAAGGUGCUUUAUGAUAUAUUGUAGUAUAAGGGGUAACUUGUGUCAUGAUACGCGUACGGACAGUGUAUGGAGUAUAUAACGUGAUGGAGGGUGCUUUAUGAUAUAUUGUAGUAUAAGGGGUAACUUGUGUCAUGAUACGCGUACGGACAGUGUAUGGAGUAUAUCAAGUGAUGGAAGGUGCUGUAUUAUAUAUUGUAGUAUAAGGGGUAACUUGUGUCAUGAUACGCGUACGGGCAGUGUAUGGAGUAUAUCAAGUGAUGGCAGGUUCUGUAUAAUAAAUUGUAGUAUAAGGGGUAACUUGUGUCAUAAUACGCGUACGGGCAGUGUAUGGAGUAUAUCAAGUGAUGGCAGGUUCUGUAUAAUAUAUUGUAGUAUAAGGGGUAACUUGUGUCAUGAUACGCGUACGGACAGUGUAUGGAGUAUAUCAAGUGAUGGCAGGUUCUGUAUAACAUAUUGUAGUAUAAGGGGUAACUUGUGUCAUGAUACGCGUAUGGGCAGUGUAUGGAGUAUAUCAAGUGAUGGCAGGUUCUGUAUAAUAUAUUGUAGUAAAAGGGGUAACUUGUGUCAUGAUACGCGUACGGGCAGUGCAUGGAGUAUAUCAAGUGAUGGAAGGUUCUGUAUAAUAUAUUGUAGUAUAAGGGGUAACUUGUGUCAUGAUACGCGUAGGGGCAGUGUAUGGAAUUAAUUCUAAAUGGAUGAAAUACGAAUAUGUCAGACGAAGGGCGAUAGAAUAAAUGGGAGGACAGUCAGACCGUUAGGACAGUUGGAUUCAGUAAUGGAAUAUAGACGUGUGUUGAUUUCUAGCUAUUAAAUGGUCUAUAUAAUAACGUUUUAGAUGUCGGUUAUAUCAACUUAACACACGUGCAUGGUGAUCGAGUAUAAUAACUUUUCAUAGGUUUCACAUGUGCAUUUCAGUGGUUCUUGUACCUGAGUGGUCCGCUAGAAAUGCUAUGCUCUUUUUGGUUCUGCAAAGACUUAACUAACAGUGCAUUCUUUUAAAAACAUCUCAUUAUUCGUAUUAUCUCACCCCUAAUACAUUCAGGAGUUUGUCCUUAAAACGGAAAUUACAUGAAAUGGAAGUGUCACGCUACAUAUGAAGGACACAAUUUCAAGUGGUCCUAUUUGUCAAAUCCCAAUUUGUCCAGCUCUGUUAUUCGAUUAUCUCAAUGAGCAACACAAUGUCAUUUUGUCUCUCCAAUCCAAAACACUUCUUCAGAAUGAUUUUCUAAUGAUUCAAAUGCUGACAUCAAUAUCUGUGUACAUCAAUGAACAUGAAACUCAAAGAUGAACGUUUUCUUGCGGAGUGCAACUGAUCCACAAAAAUGAACAAAUUCCACCAAAUACAGUUAUCAUUUUUAUCUGUACAUGUUUCUCAUUUCGUCGCAUAAAUCGGACAGUUGAGUAUACGACCUUACCUCUGAAGGGCAUUGAGUCGAGAAUCAUACUUUCUCACAGACGUCAUAAGGACAAACAGUUACGGUCCGAGUGUGUUCAUUUCGUCAAACCAACGGAAGUGAUAAAGUCCAAACCAAAGGCAUUAAAACUGCAGAGUAACAACAGGACCUCGUGG